CUGCCACCCCCAAACAAUCCGAGCCUGUCUGCAUCUUGGUUUGGGGAUGAGGUGCCUGGUCCUUGGCAGAGGAGCUGGGGAUCUCCGUGUGCCGCGCUUGGCUCUGCCCUGUGUUCCCGUGCCGGUGGCAGUGGGGCACAGAGCAGGGCCGUGUCUGUGGGGAACGGGAAGGGUGUCGGAAAGUGACUGUCCCCCUGUUACUCAGCGCUGGUGAGAUCCUGCCUCGAAUCCCGGGUUCAGCUCUGGGGCCCUCACUACAAGAAGGACAUUGAGGGGCUCGGAGCACGUCCAGAGACGGGGAACGGAGCUGAGGAAGGGGCUGGAGAACAAGUCCUGUGAGGAGCAGCUGAGGGAGCUGGGACUGUUUAUCCUGGAGAAGAGGAGGCUGAGGAGAGACCUCCUCGCUGUCUACAACUGCCUGGAAGGAGGUUGUGGUGAGGUGGGUGUUGGUCUCUUCUCCCACUAACAAGUGAUGGGAUGAGAAGAAACGGCCUCAAGUUGUGCCAGGGGAAGGUUAGAUUGCAUAUUAAGAACAAAUUCUUUUCUGAAAGAGUGGUGAAGCCCUGGCAGAGGCUGCCCAGGGCAGUGGUGGAGUCCCCACCCCUGGAGUGGUUCAAAAAGCGUGUAGAUGUGGUGCUGCGGGACACGGUUUAGUCAGCACGGUGGGGUCGGGCUGAUGGUUGGACUGGAUGAACUCAGAGCGCUUUUCCAAGCUCACCGAUUCUCUGAUUCUCUCACCUCCAGGCAGCUCUCCAUCCCCCCUGACCCCCAGACCCUGUCAGCACACCCCCCAUCGGUGUCUCAGGGACUCCCCCCCGGCACUGCAGGCCGGCUGCUGCCUCCUGAGCUCAUCCGGCUUCCAAGGAAGAGGGCUCAGCAACCGAACCCCUCCUGCCCCGACCGUGCGCUGCGAUGGAACGCCCGUCCCUGCUCGCCCCGGCCCUCCCUGGGCCACACCUGCUCGCCCCGAACCCGAGCAGGGGUCCCACACGCCCCCCCGGCCCGCGCUGCCCAUUGGACGAGGCCGCGCAGUGCGCUCGGGGAGGGGCGGGGGCAUGGGAGGGGGGCGGCCAUGGCGCUGCCGCUGCUGCUGCUGCGGCCCGAGGCGCUGCCGCUGCCCCCAGCCCCGCCGCCCGACACCGGGAAGCGGGGAGCGCGGCUGCCGGCUGCCCUGGGCGCCCUUUGGCUGCCCCUGCGCGCCCCGAGCCCCGAUUGGCUGCGCCCUCACACGCCCCGCGGGGUCCUCCUCCCCCCAGCCCUGCGCCCCCCUCCCUCCUCCCUGUCCCCAUCCCUCAGCUCCCCCUCGUCCCUCCCAUCCCCCGGCAUCUCCCUCAUUUCCCCCGUUCCCUGUGCGCUCUCUCGUCCCCGUCCACCCUUCAUUCCACUCUUCCCCCAUCAGCCUCUUCAUCCCCCUCUCAUUCUCCCUCACACCCCCUCGUGUUCUCUUUCGUCCCCUUUUCUCCCCCUCGUCCCCUUUUCUGCCCCUCGUCUGCUGCUCCGUUGGAGUGUGGGUCUGUGGUCAGUCCCGUCAUUAAUUUUCCUGUCUCGCUUCACAAUUGUGGGCAGUGACCCUGUCCCGCUGCCGCCCGGACCAGUUCCAGUGGGAGCCCGGCGCUCCCUGCUUCCACCGGGAGUGGCUCUGCGAUGGGCAUCCCGACUGCACGGGUGGCGAGGACGAGCGCGGCUGUGGGACGGCGACCCCAGCAGAGCUGAGCCCCACCAGGAGGACAUCUGGUGACACCACCUGGAGGACAUCUGACAUCACAACGA